AUGGAUGAACAAAUGACAGCGCUUCGAACACCUCAAAUAGAUGCAAAUUAUCUCGAUGAAGAUUUUAAUUCAUAUAAUUGGGAUAUGUUUUCAUCACUUUUUCGUAAUUAUUAUUCACAUUUAACACAUUCAUUUAAACAUGAAUUUCAAUUAUUUCUUCGUUUAUUAACAUCAUAUAACACACUUCUUUCAUCACGUCAGUCAACAACAAUUGGUCAACAACUUUUACAAAUUAAAUAUUCAUCAGUACCAUUAACACGUUAUCAAAAAUUUUUUUAUUUAUCAUCAUUUGUUUUUUCUUAUAUCUAUGAAAAAUUUUUAGUUGAUUAUCGUCGUUUAUUACCAUUUCAAUUUAUUUAUAAAUUACUUGUAUUUAUUAAUUUUCUUGUUUUUCUUCAUGGUGGUACAUAUAUUAAUUUAUUCGAACGAUUAUCUCGUUUAAAAACAGUUCAUAAUCAUCCUCCAUCACUUCGUAUACUUGAUUACUCAUAUAUGAAACGUGAAUUAAUCUGGCAUACACUUAAUGAAACAUUAGGUACAUUAAUACCUUUUAUAACUUCAUUAAAGGCACGUACAUUAAUGAGAAAAUAUUUAUCGGGAACAAUCAUGAAACAACUUCAACAAACAAAUAUAUGUUCUGUAUGUGAACAAUCGAUUGUUAUGCCCCAUGAAUCAAUUGGAGAUUGUAAACAUUAUUUUUGUUAUAUAUGUGCUUAUAGUUUGAUACAACAAUCAUGUCCAAUUUGUUUUAAAACGAUUAAUAAUAUUAAACCAAAAGAAUUUUUCUCUGAAUAA